ACCGCGGUUAAAACCAACGCGUUCAAGCGACUCGUGUAACUGACGUCGUCAACCCGUGUGUCAUCUUGAACCAUAUUAUAACCGCGGCACAUAACACAAAAAUUUUGAUUAUUCGCUUGGAUUUGAUUUAUGUCGUAUUAAGGUUACCGAUAGAUUCCUCUUUUGAUCUGAAACUUUCGAAAGAUCCUAUUCUGGAAGAAAUGUGUGUUUACCAAGGUUCUAGAGCGUUUGUUUUCUAUUCAGACCUUACAGCUUGCCAUACUGGUUAGACCACGUAUUAAAAUUGAUUCACAAAAUAGAAUUUCAUGCUGAUUGCGAAUCUGCUGUCAAAACUGAUGAUUGCUGUUUAAAUGUACAAAGUUGACCUCCAUAUGACAUCUGAGGUCAUUAUUUGGGUCACUUGAAACUUUUGUGGGAAUCUUUUUUUUGAAAAAGUGCAUGGUUACAAAGUUUUUGGGGUGUUCGGGUAUUUCAUAGACUGUAAGAAGAACGCGGAAACAAUGGUAUAUUAUUGAAGAAUGAAAGCUUUCACGGCUAUUAGUAGUCAUAUAUGAAUACACUCAUUCAUGUUGAAGCUAGUUUGUGCCCUACUAUGUUUCAACAUAUGCCUAUCAAGA